CUAAUCGGACGUUAUGCGGCAAUAAUUGUAGCAUCUGUUAAUUAAAUAUACAUAUCUCGUAAAAUAUGUUUUUGCUUUGCAUGCUACUUUUAAUAUCUCUUGCUUAACUUGUUUGAUUCCUUGUUUCUUGAAAGAAUCAAAGUAGGUUGGAAUAGUUGAGAUGGCAGAGGCAAUCGUGUCCGUGGCUCUAGAAACCAUCUAUGAUUUGACAUUGGAAGAGGCGAGGUUUUUAGCUGGUGUGGGCAAUCAAGUGAAGGAGCUGGAGCGGCAGCUGAAAGAGAUCAAGUGUUUCCUCGAAGACGCAGACAGAAGACGCCAUGAAAGCAGAACUGUCUCCAACUGGAUCUCCGAGAUCAGAGAUCUUGCCUUUCAAUCCCAAUCCGCCAUCGAAAGACACGCAGCUUAUCAAACCACCACUAGAACUGGCCUCGCACAGUGUGUCCGCAAAUAUUCCUGCAUUUUGGUACAUCUCCACCGAUCAGGUUCCGAGAUUUCACAAAUUACAUCAAAUCUGGACAGGAUAAGGCAGGCUAUGCAGCAAGCCGGCGUAGCAAGUAGCAUAAUCAGCAAUCCAAAUAACGGGGAGGGUGGAAGAAGCUCCAUGUCAAGGAGGCAGCAGAGUUUCCCCGAUUACGAGAUGGGAGAUUGCUUCAUAGGCAUGGAGGAUGAGGUGGAGGAGCUUGUUCGUCGCCUAGGGAGGGACACAGAGGCCCGGGUUAUUUCCGUGUGGGGGAUGGGAGGCUCAGGCAAGACCGCCAUUGCUAAGAAGCUCUACCACGAGACAGCCGGCUUUGAUCUCACCGCGUGGGUUUGCAUUACUCAGCGAUGCGACCGUCGUUCAGUCUGGGAGGACGUUCUCAGGCAGCUGCUGGUUAAGAAAAGUGAGGACAAUAUUGACACGCGAAAAAGCAGCGACUCAGAGUUGAUUGAGCGACUGCGCGAGAUACAAAGGGAGAAGCGAUGCCUCAUUGUUAUGGAUGAUCUUUGGCAACUUUCUCAUUGGGAUGAGUUGAAGCAACCGUUCAUUAUCCGAGAUUUGGAGACAAAAAUCUUGGUGACUACACGGGAGGAGAGCGUUGCAGAGAUCGGAUUGGCACUCCAACAUGGCCUUUUACAUGUGGACGAUGCCUUUCAACUGCUCAAGAAAAAAGCAUUUCCCCAAGGAAACAUUCCAGAUUUUGCAUUGCAAAAUAAUAGUACAAGAUUUGAGGAAAUUGGGAAGGAAAUGGUGCAGAAAUGUGGGUGUUUGCCACUGGUAAUUUCUUUACUCGGUGGGGUAUUGGGAAAGAAAAAUUCCAUGGCUGAAUGGGAAUCGGUAAAUAUGAACAUCAAAAAUGUGGUAUAUAGGGAUGGAAAAGAUCAGAUUGAGCAUGUGCUAAAUUUAAGCUAUGAAAGUCUGCCGUAUUAUCUGAAGCCGUGCUUUCUCUACAUGGGUAUACUCGAUGAGGAUGAAACCAUAUCUGUUGUGCGUCUAUACAGGAUGUGGAUAGCACAAGGCAUGAUUUCACACGAGAAUAUUGGGGACAUGGAUGAAACUUUAACGGACAUCGCUGAGCUCUACUUAAGUGAGUUGGUCUCCAGGUCCAUUGUUCAAGUUGAAAUUCAAGAUUAUUAUGAUGUAGCAAGUAGAGCUAGAAAAUAUAGGAGUACAUGCAAACUUCAUGACGUUGUGCGUGAACUAUGUCUGAAAUUGGGGAAGAGCGAGGAUUUCGGUCUGCAGAUUUUGGAGUAUCAAGGUGGUAGACUUAGUACCUUGCUACGCGAAGCUUCCUUGAAUAUGAAAAUACUACAUUUGGUUAUCCAUUUCCGAAGCCAAGUGGAGCACGAGCUUAGAGUCCCUCGUGGAGGAGGUACUAGCAAACAUAUAAGGUCUCUUCAAUUAUCAAAUCUCACAGAAUCCAAUGUUGUUGAGUUUCCUCAACAAAGCAUACUUGAUUUUCGGAAAUUCAAAUUGCUGAGAGAUCUAGUUAUCGUGAGAUUCAAAUUUGCAGGAGGAAAGUUACCGAGAGGUAUCACUGAUCUUGUUCACCUUAGAUGUUUGCGUCUAGAGGCGUGUGAACUCGAUAGCCUACCCCCAUCCAUUAGGAACUUUGUAUUCAUGGAUACACUGGAUUUAUCAGAUUCACUUAAUGUUGAAGUUCCAAAUGCUAUCAAUGAGUUGCUACGAUUGAAACACUUGAUUUUUCCUCCUUAUGGAGAUGAAACGGUUGGAAAUUAUCGAGUGAUAUUGGAUGAGGGAGUGGAUGGGUUGGAGACUCUAGCAUGCGUCGAUAGUAGAUAUCAUGAAUUAAAAUGUAUGGACAGAAUGAAGAAUCUCCAACGCUUUGUAGCAAAAGUACACGAUAACGAGAGCUUGUCAGCUAUCAUGAAUGCCAUUUUGAACUGGGACAAGCUUAUGCAUUGUUCUCUUCAUAUUGAAGCCAGUUGCGACCUAACAAGUGAGCUAAUGCUGAAGAUGGCUUUGACAUGUCCCAAUCUUGAUGAAAUGGUGAGUAGGCCUAAGUUAGGGAACGCGCUAGGAGAGUGCGGGAGUAGUAACUUGAUGGGCUCGAAACUAAGGUGUUUGGAUCUGGUGGGAUCUGAGAUUGAGGAUGAUCCAAUGGGGAUACUGGGGAAGCUUCCUUGCCUCAUAAGAUUGCGAUUUUAUUCGAAAUCAUUUAUUGGGGAGGAGAUGGUGUGUCCAGCAAACAGUUUUCUUCGCCUCAAGAAGCUAGCAUUAAUGGGUUUACCAAGGUUGAGCGAGUGGAGAGUGGAGACAGGAGCCAUGCCUCUUCUCUCUCAGUUAACACUCAUUCGGUGUAAUCGUCUAGAGAUGCUUCCAGAGGGACUAAGUGAAAUUUCUACGCUCAAGUCUCUUGUAAUCAAACGAAUGCCAGAAAUGGCAAGAAGGGUAUCACCAUCAGGAGAUGAUCUCCACAAAGUCCGUCAUGUCCCUUCAAUUAUUAUCUACAAGUAGUCUUCACACAGAUUGAUCAUUGGUUCUUUUGAGAAUAACAAAUUAUCACUACCACUUAUGGUGCUUAAAGGAACCCUUAUCUAAAGGGUACAUUCCUGGGUAAGGAUUUAACGAAGCUCAACUCAUUGUAAGAAGGUAUCUCUGUUUAUUUUUAUUUUUCUAGUGUUUCUGGUUGAAUUCCUUCCCUUUCCAACUUCAUUCUUGUCGUCGUUGCAUUUCUUGAGUGUUCUUCAUAGUUAGUAUGUUUAUGUGUAGUUGCUUUGAAUAUCAAGUGUUGUUGUGUUUGAAUUGAAAUUGAUGAUUUGCAAUACUUCAAAUGUUGAAAAUGAAAGAAGUAUAAUUUUGUCUGA